GUGGCAACAAAAUUCAUCCUGUCUUCCCGUCAAAGCCGCUCUGAAAUGACGGCUAAUUCUAGCUGCUUUGUAUGCUUCCCGGAAGAAGAUCUCGACAUGUCGGGGUACAUAUAUGGUUGGAGUCGUCCAGCUAUGAUCUGUGUUGCUGGCGUUAUUCCCGGAGCCGAGCUGGAGGAACAUGCACAGCAGUAUCUUGAACGUCUUUUACACCAUCACCAGCAUCAGAGUGAUUGUUGUACACCUCCGACUAUCGUCGGACGAUACAAAUUUUCUCCAAAUAGCGCGGCCCCUGAGUUCUCCAUCCACCAUAUCGAUGGAAAGCCUUUCACUGUCAUUCAUUAUCAGCGCUCGGCGUUUGGUACUUUGACUAUGCACAGUGAUCGAGAGCUUCCUCUGCUUGCUUCACACCAAUUGUUGAAACCCCAGCCCAAAUACGACAUACCGGAUUCAGCCCCACGACUUGCACGGGCUGGAUUAGAUGAGGGCGUCCUUGCAGAGUUAAACUGCGCUCAGCAUCUGCAACCCCGCUUCCGUGUAUCUGAGUCGUGGGUGACGAAGACAUUAAGUUAUAUGUCUUCUUCACUCUGGAACCGAGGAAUAUCGACCUUUGGCUGGAAUAGACACUGGGUGUGGGACCUUCAUUGCAGCUGGCUGAAGACGUGCUGCUCACUGUUAGCACCUAUCGUACAAGUAUCAUAUUCAUUUGCCCAGAUCUUCGCACAAUUGCGACUAUGCAUGGCCGUCCCUUCAUACCUACGCGAGGUCUACCAGGAUAGAGAACUAGGAUCUUCGGUUGAAUAUAUACAAUUAAACAACACGAUGUGGUUGCUGUUUAACGACCUCAUACUCGGGUUUGCACUUGGAAGUUUUAUUCGCGAGGGGUACCCUCUCAUUGCGACGCUCGUUAGUACGAAUUUCGAGAAACUAUUCCUCGAAUUCAUGACAAACGGGCUCAUUUGGUUGGAUGCAUGGCCUGCGGGCCUGAAGCUCAACAAUGAGCUCAGUCAUUUCUUCUGUCAAGCUUUCUUAGGAGCUGUAGGGCUUUGGAAAUAUCUUUUUCAGGAGGUAUCCCCAUAUUUAGCGGACUUUACCUAUUUCAUCGGUCUAUCCGGCUAUGGCGGUCUGACUGUGCUGCUGUCAGUCUUGAAGGAUUCCCUGACCCUUUCGACUUUGCACGUAAGAAUCGGCUUUCUGCUUUGGAAAAGGGUUGUCACCUAUCAGGUCACUACUCUUCGUUCACUAUGGAAUCUGUUCCGGGGCAAAAGGCAUAACAUGCUCCACAAUCACAUCGACUCAUGGCACUACGAGAUCGAUCAGUUGCUGCUCGGCACAAUCUUGUUCACGCUCUUUACCUUCAGUUUGCCUACCGUCCUGGCAUACGCCGCACUCUUUGUGUUUUUAAAUGGCAUCAUCUAUACCAUGGACCUGGUUUUGACCCUGCUUCUGGCGUUGAUCAAAGGUUUCCCCCUUUUCCCUUUGCUUCUUAAAGCCAAGGAUCCUCGAAGGCUUCCAGGCACCGUAUACUUUGUACUAGAAGGCAAGGGCGACUCAAAAAGACUGGUUCUCAAGGUGGAGUGCAUCCUUCACCGCGGGUACCAGGCUAAAGCUGAACGUUCCUCUGCUCACAAUCCAGCCACAAUACAUAUCCGUCUCUUCAAUACUGUCGAACUAUGGGAGGAAGUGAUAAUAUAG